AAUGACACAUAACCUCAAAAUAAGCAAAAUAAAAUGUGUUUACCUUGUUUUCGAUGAAGAUAAAAUUGAUAAAAUCAUAAAAUAAGGUUUAAUAAAACGAAGAAGAAUAAAUAGAAAUGAGUCAAAUUUUAAACAAAGUUCGGGACUUGGAUCCUCACGAUGCGGAUGCCGCCAAGGAAGCCUUAUCCUCGUUUUUCCCUAAUUUAGCAAAACACAAAGAAGGUGACUGCGUGCGAUGGCUGCGAGCGCUAGAAAGUGUUAUAAACCGAUUUCCGAAGCUCUGUGGUUCGCAACGGGCAAAUAUAGAAAAGUACAUAGUCCAUUUUUUGGACUCAAGUAAUUACAACACUGUAAUGGAAGCUGCUAAGUGUGGUCAUGUAUUACAGCAGGUGCGGCCAGGGCAAGAAAAAGCAGCCACACCAAAAGUCUGCUGGCGGGAGCUCAUGGGCAGCCUCUGCAAUGCUGUGCACUCUCUGCUCUCUGAGAUGUUUCCUAAUGCAGCUAAUAUUUAUAAAAGCAAUGGAGAAUUAGAGAACAAAACAGCAUCAGAUUCAAUAUUGCUGUCCACCUUGAGUAAGCUUUCCAUAGUGUCCGGUCAGGAGCGCAUACUGAACAGGGAACACAUACUGCGCUCACGGCUGAACAAUGUGUUUGUCUUCAUCCAAGCUAUGCUCGUUGAAAUAUAUCCAGUGGGCAAGCCCGUGCGGCCGCAGAUCAUUCUAGACGCCGUAAUACGCGCGCUGGGAGCGAGCGCGGACGCGCAGAGUGUGGAGACGGUGAGCGCCGUCAAGAAACAGGCGCUGAGAACGCUGGACGCUCUCGUGGCUUGUUUGGGAUCAAAUCUGAUACCGUUCUCGCCUCUAGUCUUCAAAUGCGUGAUGCAGACUCUGCGGUGGAGCUCAGAAAAUCUAAAUGAAGAAACCAGCGGUGUUCGCAUCACAGCUUACAACAGCCUGUCCAGUUGGCUGAGCUGCCUGCGCUGCCACCGCGCGCCGGCGCGCGGCCGCGGCUGGCACGACGAGCUGGUCGCGCACAUAGCCGGUGACGUCACCCCUCAGACGCACACCGUGCAACUUACAAUGAACAAUCCACCGCGCAACCUGUCUAAGAAGCAGAAGAAGAAACAAGCACGAGUCAUGUUACAACAGAGCUCCAUCGCAAACUACGCGCCUGGUGCAAACAACAAAACUACGACGUGUGUGGAGUCGAACGAGCAAACAGCUAUAGCGGCGCUGGAGUGUACGGAAACGUUCCUGACGGUCUGCGGGGUAUUCCUCAAGCCGGCCACUCACAAGGUGUUCCACGAACUCCUAGUCCGCUCGUGCUUCCACCUGCCGCCACCCGGCACCGCCGGCGGCGGCGCGCGCGGCCUGGCGCUGCUGCGCGCGCUCGAGGCGGCCCGGCGGAGCGCCCCGCCGGGGGUCCCGACCCCCACACAAUACUGCCUGCAGCUGUACAGUACCUCCAUCAAUAGCCAGUGUAGAGAGAUAUCAAAGUUCUGUACCCAAGCCCUCCUCGACAUAAGGCUGCAUCUACACUGCUCGCCGCCGUCGCUCAGCUUCGCCGCCGACACGCAGACUGGAAAGAACGACGUAGAAGAGAAGAGAAGCAUGUCCAGGAGGAACAGGGAGGCGCUUGCGUCACUGCUGGGAGCUGAUAAAGUACCAGCAGAAACCUGCGAAAUAGAAGAUGCUCCGGAACCAGAGGAGCCUGCCAACAAGAAGCCCCGCAUCGACACUGACAAAAUCAGCCUCAGCAGCUCCUCCGAGCACUCCAUACAAAUCUGUGACUCGGACUCCGAAGAUAUUGAAGAAGUACCCAUGGAAACACAUCAACCCGAUGAAAGUAUAGUUGUACAUGCGGAUGUCCAUGAGAUAUUGACCGAAGACUUAGACAAAACUGACAUGUCAACAGAAUAUGAAAAAGUUGAUACACCGAAGUACAGUAACAUUCAUGAAGCGACAACGCAAAUGCCAAUAGACACAGUAGACGGAGACAGUCUAUCCGGGAAAUCAAACGAAGUUGGCUAUGGUUACCCUAACACAGGAAAGUCGGUGGCAGUGCUUGAGAAUCUAGAAGAUGAGAAUUUGCCUGAUACUAAUGAUACAGAUGAUGUUCAUAUUACAUGUGGACAGGUCGCGGUUACACCUGAAGAAGAUAAUAUUGAUAAAGAACCUAAGGUCAAUGGAGUAAAGUCGCCGGUAAAAUCGCCUGAAAAACAAGAAGUAGAAGGAAGUGUGACGGUUAAAAUGGCGGUGUCUAACGAGGGGGUGUCUGUGGAAGAUAUGUUGGCUGAUUUUGUUGACGAAGUCAAUGAUGAUAAUAUUACGCAAGCUUGAUAUUUUUGCUAUCGUUAAGUGUAGAAUUUUGAAAAUAUACUAUGAAAUACU